AUGCUCGCUGCUACCACUAGCACUAGAAGACUAAAAUUCUUCAGUGCUGUAGAAAAUCUUAUUAGUUAUUAUUUACCAAUUAAUGUUCGUUAUUCUUAUAUUCUCACCAAAGCAUUAGUCAAUUCAGUUAUGAAGGCUACAGAACAAACUCGUUCUAGUUAUAAACAGUAUAAAAAUUUAUGGUGGAAAGCACAACGUGUAUGUAAACCGUUUCGUUCGUUUAAAUUAUUAGGAUGUUGUUUAUGUUCGAUGUUCCUAUGUAUAAUUUGCUGUAGAACAAUUAAACAAUGUGUUUGUUGUUCAUGUUCAUCCGAGGAAGAAUUCAUCUAUGUUCCAGAGUGGGAUGCUGACGAUGAUACUUUUGAUCAAGCGGUUAGAACAUUGAGUGCAACAACGAAUUACGAACCAACGUUCAAUGAAUAUCCGAUACAUUUAACAGAAGAAGAAAAUCUCACUACGAAUGAUAUGCAAAUGUUUACAAUUACGCCAGACAUGUAUCUUACGUCUUAUAUUUUAAAAAAUGCCUUCUACGCCGUUAUUUCGGAUUAUCUAAUUGAACAAAAGAAGAAAAGGAAAAAACACCAUUCGGAUUUCUUGUUUGAUCUAAAUCAUUCACAUACGGAUGCGGCAAUCAUUCCAACAGAUUGUAAUGACUGUUUACUAUUAAUAAUUAAUGUAACAAUACACAUACUUGAAGUAGUUGCUGUUUAUGCACUCAAGGGUAGUAUACCAUCAUAUUUUGUACCGAAAUUGGAUUUAAUGCGAUUUUAUACAAAUUAUCAAGCUGAAAGUGGCUUAAUACUAGCUGGAGAAGAUAAUGAAACAAACAUGAAAAUAAAGAGCAAAGCACCUGAACUCUAUCGAGUAGUUCUGUUUAUGAAGGCAAUGAUUGAAGUAGGUGAAGGGUUAUAA